AUGGCUGAUGUACCAACAAAUGCUCCAGAACACUGUCCUGGAACAGAAAGUAAUGAUGCAGGAAAGGUAUCAGCGUGUGCUGGUUGUCCAAAUCAAAAUAUUUGUGCGUCAGGUGCAACAAAGCAACCUGAUCCAGGAAUCGAAUUAGUAAAAAAGAGGCUCGCUGAUGUGAAAAAUAAAAUUUUAAUAUUAUCAGGCAAGGGUGGUGUUGGUAAGAGUACAAUGACUUGUUUAAUAGCACGUGCUUUAGCUGCAGACAGUGCGGAUAGAAAUGUUGGUGUAUUGGAUAUUGACAUUUGUGGCCCGUCACAACCAAGAGUCUUGGGAGUCGUUGGAGAACAAAUACACCAAAGUGGUUCUGGCUGGUCUCCAGUUUAUGUAGAAGAUAAUUUGUCACUCAUGUCAAUAGCCUUUUUAUUAAAUAGUCCUAGUGAUGCUGUUAUUUGGCGAGGACCUAAAAAAAAUGGGAUGAUUAGACAAUUUCUAUCAGAAGUUGAUUGGGGUAACUUGGAUUAUCUAAUCUUAGAUACACCACCGGGUACAUCUGAUGAACAUUUAUCAGCAACUACAUACUUGAAAAAUUCAGGAAUAACGGGAGCAAUUAUUGUUACUACUCCUCAAGAAGUAGCUUUGCUUGAUGUCAGAAAGGAAAUAGAUUUUUGUAAGAAAGUUAAAAUUCCUAUUCUGGGUACUAUUGAGAAUAUGAGUAUUUUUGUUUGUCCAAAAUGCAAAAAUAGUGCUGAAAUAUUCCCAGCAUUGACUGGAGGUGCUCGAAAUAUGUCUGAGGAAAUGAAUGUUGAAUUUUUAGGCUCUAUUCCCUUGGAUCCACUGCUAGCACGCUGUUGUGAUGAAGGUAAAAACGUUUUCACUGAAAUGCCCGAAUCACCAACAAUUGUUGCGCUCAAAAAAAUUGUUACUCGGAUCAUUGACAAGUGCGAGAAUAGUGAAAUGAAGACAGCAGAAGCUGAAUAA